AUGGCGCCAAAGCGCAAGGCAACCUCCCCAGUGCGACCUCCAUCGUCGAAGAAACAGCACACCGUGUCACCCAAGAAGAGCUCCAGUCCAAAUGGCUACGACCACUCCCGCAUCGCUGAGAAAUUCGGCAUCGUGCAACGCGAAUUCUAUCCACCGGAAAUGAGCAACGAACGAUGCGCCAUGUACAAUAACAACGAAAUACCCCGGCCGAUCGAAAGCUUGAACACUGUUCUCGCAGAGACAAAAGCUGCGCGAGAAAAGAUCGUACCAGGAGAGAGCGUCGUGCAUUGGUUCAAACGCGAUCUGAGGAUAUUCGAUAACAAAGCCUUACAUAUGGCGAGCGAAAAAGCGAAGAGCAAAGGCGUGCCUUUGAUUUGUGUGUUUAUUGUGAGCCCGCAGGAUUACCAGGCGCAUUUGACGAGCUCGGCGAGAGUGGAUUUUGAGCUAAGGAGCCUGGAAGUGCUGAGAGGAGAUUUGGCGGACAGGGAUAUACCGUUAUUUGUGAAGACUGUUGAGGAAAGGAAGGAAGUUCCGGCUUUUAUACUGGAGAAGUGUGAGGAGUGGGGAGCUAAGCACGUGUACUGCAAUAUCGAGUAUGAGGUGGAUGAGCUGAGGAGGGAAGCAAAGAUGGUGAAGCUGGCCCUAAAGAAGGGCAUUGCUUUUGAUGUGGUGCAUGAUGAUGUGGUUGUGGCACCCGGAGAUCUUGCGAGUGGGCAGGGAAAGCAAUAUUCCGUCUAUUCGCCUUGGUUUCGUGCUUGGGUCAAGUAUAUCCAUGAACAUCCGCACCUGCUCAACGCACACGACGAACCACAGCAAAAUCCAUCCACCGCCCGUUCGAAGUUCAGAUCUCUGUUCGACGCCGAGAUACCCUCAGCUCCGCCGAACAAGACUUUGACUGAAGAAGAACAAAAACGAUUCGCCAACUUCUGGCCAGCAGGCGAACACGAAGCUCGCGAGCGUCUCGAUCGCUUCCUCAACGACAAAGUUGGCAAAUACAAAGAUACCCGCAAUUUCCCCGCCGAGAACAGCACAGCCAUGCUCUCUGUCCACUUCUCGGCUGGUACACUGGCCGCUCGCACUGCAGUCCGCUCAGCCCGGGACGUCAAUAGCACCAAGAAGCUCGACGGCGGCAACGCAGGCAUCACAGGUUGGAUCUCCGAAGUCGCUUGGCGAGACUUCUACAAGCACGUUCUUGCCAAUUGGCCUUACAUCUGCAUGUUCAAGCCGUUCAAGUACGAAUACUCGGCCAUUGAAUGGGAAUACAACGAAGAGCAAUUUGAUCGAUGGUGCAAAGGAAAUACCGGUUUCCCCAUCGUGGACGCGGCAAUGCGCCAGGCGAACUAUAUGGGCUACAUGCAUAACCGCUGCCGCAUGAUCGUAGCCUCGUUCCUCGCCAAGGACCUCCUAAUCGAUUGGCGCAUGGGCGAACGCUACUUCAUGGAACAUCUCAUCGAUGGGGACUUCGCUUCGAAUAACGGAGGCUGGGGCUUCUCGGCUUCCACGGGCGUCGAUCCACAACCUUACUUCCGGAUUUUCAACCCUUUAUUGCAGAGUGAGAAAUUUGACAAGGAAGGACAUUACAUCAGGAAGUGGGUUCCCGAAUUGGCAGGGAUUGAGGGAAUCGCUAUUCACGAUCCGUAUGGGAGAGGGAAGGGGAAAGAGGCGGAGAAGAAUGGGUAUCCGAGGGCUAUGGUUGAUCAUAAGCAGGCGAGGGAGAGGGCUUUGGAGAGGUAUAAGGGGGGCUUAGGGAGGGCGACGGCGAAUGUCGGGGGUGGGGUGCAUAAUUGA